AUGUUUAUCAAGAAUGUGAUGCAGGGCUUUCCGACCAUCACUGGCAUACGAUGGUUCAACCUUUCUGUCCUUGUCAUCACGCCAGCUCUUUCGCUGUAUGGCUUGCUUUAUGUUCCCAUCCUUCAGAAGACCGUUGUUUGCACUGCCCUCUAUUAUAUUUAUUCCAUGCUUGGCAUAACUGCUGGAUACCACCGGCUUUGGUCACACAGAUCGUAUAACGCUUCGUUCCCCUUGCAGGUAUUCCUUAUCCUUGCAGGGGCGAGUGCAGUGCAAGGCUCGUGUUAUUGGUGGGCACGCCGCCAUCGUUCUCAUCACAGGCAUACCGACACGGAUCUGGACCCGUACAACUCAGAACGAGGCCUCCUCUGGACGCACAUAGGAUGGAUUAUUUUUAAGUCAGACUUGAAACCCGGGCCAGCAGAUAUCUCUGACUUGGGCAAGGACCCUCUCGUACAAUGGCAACACCGAUGGUACUUUGUCAUCCUGACUAUUUUCGGGUACCUGCUUCCGAUGAUCAUCCCUGGCUUGUUGUGGGGAGACUGGAAAGGCGGAUUCUUCUUCGUUGGUGCAUUUCGUAUGACCGCGUGUCAUCACUGCACUUUUUGCAUCAACUCUAUUGCCCACUAUCUCGGAACUACGCCGUACGAUGACAAGCACACACCCCGUGAUCAUCUUUUGUCCGCUAUUCUCACUAUGGGAGAAGGAUACCAUAACUUCCACCAUCAAUUUCCCAUGGACUACAGGAAUGCAUUCCGAUGGUAUCAGUACGACCCUACCAAGUGGUUCAUCGGUGUCUGUCACUAUAUCGGUCUUGCCUCCCAUCUCCGUGUUUUCCCUAGCAACGAAAUUGAAAAGGGCGCACUCACGAUGAAGAUCAAGGCUCUCAAGGACAUCCAGGACUCAAUUGAAUGGCCCGUACCCCCGCAAGAACUUCCUGUGGUUUCGUGGAAAACAUUCCAGGAAGAAUCCCAGUCUCGGACCCUUCUCCUCAUCUCAGGUUUUAUCCACGACGUGUCAAUGUUCCUUGAUAGCCAUCCGGGAGGAUCCGUUUUACUCACACGAAACUCUGGGAAAGACAUGACGGCGUCAUUCUUUGGCGGUGUCUAUGCCCACUCUCACGCAGCGCAUAACCUCCUUGGGAUGAUGCGUGUGGGCAUUCUAGCAGGUGGUGUGGAAGCGCCAGCAGAGCAUGCCAUCCCACCCAGUCAGCGACUGGUCAUACGUGCUAACACCUCCCAUUAA